UUGACCAAAAACAAAAAAAAUGGAAACCCUGAAAUUUCGCAUUUAUCCAUUAGGAAGAAAGAUGUUGGCUGGUAAGAGACCGGGACCUACUCGUCUAGCACCUGAAGUAAACCGCAUCUUGUACAUUAGGAACCUUCCUUUUAAAAUAUCGGCGGAAGAAAUGUACGAUAUUUUUGGCAAGUUUGGGGCUGUAAGGCAAAUAAGGCUAGGAAACGCGCCGAAUACUCGUGGAACUGCUUUCGUCAUAUAUGAGGACAUUCUUGACGCCAAAAAUGCACUGGAGCACUUGAGUGGGUUCAACGUUGCCGGGCGAUACCUCAUUGUGCUGUACCAUCAACCCGACAAAAUGAAAAAGAAUGAAGAUAAUAAAGUGUAAAGGGUUGCAUGGAAGGGGUACAAUGGCUUGGAUAGAGCCGAUUAUCGGAGAGUUUGAAGUGCUUGCCUUUUGAAACAAUCUCAACAGGUGUUGACUGUAGGAGUCGUGAGGUGUCGAAGUUGGAAUGAAUUCACUCUUUGUCAUGAUCUCUAUACAAAUGUCUUGUGAGUAGGAAGCAGCUUUAUGUAUGUAAUAAAUGAGAGAUAUUUUGGAAACUAA